AUGAUUCAGCUUUAUGGGCCUGUCGAACAGUCCUCCUCGAUGUCUGAUAACUACGAAAUCGCAUCUAUGCCCGCCAGACCAGUCUCUUGGAUAGCACAAGCCCAUUCACGGCCAUUGUCCCCGGACACUGAGUCAGUGGUCGACUUGGCGCAGUCCUCAGGUAGCUCAAUUGCUCCUCGACCCAAAAAUCUUGCCCCAUUGGAGGUCCAGACGUGGCCUGACAACUCUCAAUAUUGCCUCCAUAAACUUUACUAUAUGCCUGUCAUAAAGCUCAGGGUCCAAGACGUCCUUUUUCAACUCCCCAUGCACCUUUUCCUGGAUCAUUCGGAGGUGUUUGCUCAGUUGUAUGACUUGCCUCUGGAUGCUUCGGAGAUGGACGGAGGUCGCAUUAUUGAACUCGUCGAUGUCGACUGCACAGAUUUCGAGAACUUCUUGAAGGCUUUGGCCCCUAGGUCGCCCCUACUGGAGGAGAAGCCUGACCUUGUGCAAGACGAGUGGAUCUCUGUUCUAAAGCUCUCGACACUCUGGUUCUUCAAUGACCUCCGCCAGGUGGCGAUUCAGGCCCUUACCAUCCUUGACAUAGGUCCUAUCCGCCGUAUAAAUCUGGCUCGGCAGUACCACAUCCAUGAAUGGUUGCUGUCUGGUUACGAAGAGCUGGUCGCACGCAUGUCCCCAAUUAGGGAGGACGAUGUAGAGGAGAUUGGCUUCCGAGUCGCGUUAAAAUUGUCUGGAAUGAUCGUCGAACGGUUCAGAACAGGAGGCUCUCCAGGCGACACUGAUGUCCGCGAAGGCUUCCACGCCGAGCUGGAAGAGAUCAGAGUACACCAAAGGCGCUAUUUAACCAAGAAGGAGCGGCUCGAAAGGGAGAGGUGGAAAGCAGAAGAGGAAGCCAGAUUAGUUUUGCUAGCCGAAGAGGCGGAACGGAAAGCAGCGAUCGAAGAAGAGCGAUAUCGGGUCCUGGAGAAGGAUAGGAAGAGGAAACAGGAAGAGGAACGGGAUGCCUUGCUCAGAGCACGGGACGAAAUUGAGAGGAAACUACUUGACCUCGAGGUGCAGGAAGGAGGAGCGAUGGGACCGUGCACCCCGCAGCAGAGUUGCGAGCCAGCCGAGCAUCAGCAAUACCAGACGGCAAUCCCAGCUUCUAAAGAUAAUGACGCAGCCAUGAAUCUACCCUAUCCUUCUGGACCACCUUUGUCCACCGAUACCCCCCCACUGGUCAUCACCUAUGACCCAUUGGACGGCCCCAGUGACGAGACUGUGGUCCCCUCGGAGACAGAAGCGGCUGUCAUCAGUCAAGCGGAUUGCUUGAAGUGCAGGAAGCGGAGGAAGAAAUCUGCACGUUGCAGUAGGUGCCGGCUCGCUUAG